AUGGCAGAGCAACACUUGGACAGCAAACAGGUCCGCAAGGCCGUCAAAGCCUUGUUGGGACACCGCCAGCAAAAAAACACUCUAGACUUGGAUGCUGCUGCGUUUACCCUACAAGUAGGGCUGAAGAAGGCGCCCGUAGACCCGUCUCCAAAACCGAGGUUGAUACCAUUACCGCACCGCGUGCGCAAUGAUGCUGGAGACAGAAGAGGUUGUUUAAUUGUCAAGGAUGCUGAUAAACCGUGGCUCAAGGCGUUACUGUUAGAUGGGGAAAGGCCUGGCGCGAAAACAACAAGAACAAAAUUAGACGGUACGCGAGCCGCGAAGAUGGCUCGGAGAAGCGAAUCAACGCGAGAAGCGGGUAGCAACGGCGACGACCUUACGAUAGAGGGCAUCCACAAGGUGCUCGCUCUCUCAAAGUUGAGGACGUCCUAUAAACAAUUCAAGGACCGGAGAGAACUGCGCGACCGCUUCGACGACUUCUACUGCGAUGAUAGGGUUGUGCCCAUGCUGGGCAAGUUGCUGGGGAAGAGCUUCUUCGAUAGAAAAAGGCAGCCUAUCUCUGUUAGGGUUACAAGAGGUCCUGAGUCGUUGCGAGAGCAAUUACGGAAGGCCGACUCCUGCGCGCGCUUCGUCCUCAAGGAGGGCACGUGUGCUGCUUUAGUGUGUGCGACGACGGAUUUGAAUGAAAAAGAGAUUGUCGAGAAUGCGGUAGCCGCGUGCGACGGCCUCGUGAGCUGCGUCCCCAAGAAGUGGCGCAACGUGCAAUCGGUCGUGCUGAAACUGCCGGACUCGGCGUCGCUGCCGGUCUUCGCGGGUGAACUUGAUCAGCCGAAGCGGAAGGCUCCUUCCGAUGAGCCUCCUAAAAAGAAGAAGGCUCGCGUCGCAGAACCAGUCGUAAAGAAGCCGGGCCGCAAGUCAUUGAAAGCGAAGCUUCGGGACCUGAAAUAAACAAUACUACUUAGUCUUCUUGCCGCAGUGCGUAUCCACAAAUGCGGUCAGUUUCGCGUCAGAAGCACCGGUCAUCGCGUCCUUUUUGGCACCGUUGACGAAAAUUUGAAAUGUGGGCAUGGCCUGCACACCACAAGCCUCGGCGACGUCGUCGAGGUCGUCGACGUCGACCUUGACGAAGUCCGCGCCGUCGUAGGUCGCCGCGAGGCGCUGGAACAAAGGUGCGAUCUUCUGGCACGGGCCGCACCACGUCGCCGUGAAGUCCACCACUAAAGGCCGGCCUUCUUUAGUCUUCGCGACGCGCUCUUCCCAGUCCUCGUCGCUGCUCACGUAUGGCACUGUCGGCAGCUGGUCUACCGGUCGCUCGUCGAGGGCAACCUCUAUCGUUGGCGGCGCUCCCGUGAACUUCUCGAAGAGCCACUUCAGGCCCAGGACGAUGACGGGCCAGAUUGCGUUAAUUGGGAUGCAGACGCCGCCGAAGCAUAUGGUGCCGCUCAUGGCUGCUGUAUAUCGGCCGCGCGCGGUUGGGACUGCCUGUAAGCUCUCGAGCGCGUCGAUGGCGUGCUUGCGACGAGCUAUGCGGCCCGGUGUGGUCCAGCGCGGCCCUCCGCUCGGGCUCAAAUCGCAGCGUCGAACUAGCGUCGCUGACAUACUAGCUCUACUUGAUGCCACGGCAGCCCACGCCGGCAGCCCACGGCAGCCCCGUGACCAGGCGACUGCGUUGCAUAGAUCAUUCAAUUAUCCAUUACUACCAUGAAUGCGAGAACAUUCGUGCUGGGGAGCAUCGCUUUGGCAGCCCAGGAAGCAGCACAUGCGCUCACCACGCCGCCAGCGAGCCGCCUCGGCACUCCCGAACGCGCAGCGCUCGGCGGCGUGGGCGCCGCGUGGGUCGCACUCGGUGCGCGCACCUUUGACGCCGCGAACGCGCGCGAGGCGGUGGGAGCCUUGGGCGUCGCGACCGCCACGUUCGAGGACAACAUCCGCGAGCCCGCCGCGGGCUUCCUGGAGCUGACGUCGCCGCUCUUCGUGCUGCAGGGCGUGUUAUUACUCGCUCUUUCAGCAAACGUGUUUGCGUCGAAGGAUGCCGCCCGCGUCAGCUCGUCGAUCGCCCUAGCAUCAGCUACGACGCUCCUAGCAUUGGCGCUGGCCGUCGUCGCGGGGGCGCCCGUCGAGAACGGUUUUGAAUUCAUCACGGAUCCCUUGUUCAUCACGGCGGCGGUGGCGCUCAAGGCCGCGGGUUCCACUGAAGAAGACGCUUUCGAGCUCAUCCGCGGCGACGUUGUGGAGCUGGCGACGGACGGCGGUUCCGUAGCACCGGAGGACGGCUACGGAAAAACGCUCGCGACGUUCUACCGAGGGUCCUGCCUUGUUGGUAUAUUGGUGGGCGCGUCGUUUAUUCUAAGCCCGAUCAAUCCGAUAGGGAUAUUUGACACGGAGUCGCCGGCGACGCACUUCUUCCGGGCUUUAUGUGGCAUAAGCAUCGCCCUCGUGCUCGCGCCGGCGCAAUCUAUACUAUGGCGUGCGGCCAAGGCGGGGGAGUUGAGCGCAAAUUCAUCGCGGGCCCUCAACGCCGCUUUGGGACUGGCGUCCGGGCUGUUGGUCGUCGACGGCCGGCUCCAGGUCGAGGAGGGCACGCGCCAGUUCGCUCAAUUGGAUCCCUCGUCGGCGAUCGCGAAGGCGGUUGAAUUGGGGGAUGUGGGGCGGUCCGUGACGAACACUGAUGCGGCGUUUUCGGUGGGGCUAGUUGUUGCCUUGUUCUACGUGGCGCAGGCGGUCGCGCCGGCGCGGCGAGUGUAAGAGUGUGUUUUACUAGUAGUAGUUCUAGGCGGCCUCCUCUCAGUCGGCGACUCGCGCUCGCACGCCUGUGGUGAUGGCGCGGCGGGUGCAAGAGUGUGCGGUAUACUAUGCUUAGGCGGUUUCCGACUUGGGCGCGUGGACGCGGGCGGCCAGGCGUGCUGCCAGCUUUCUCUUCGCGAAGUCCAGUGUCCGUUGGCAGCCCUGUGCUUCCGGGUGGUUAGCACCGAGCACGCGCCGCAACGCCGCCUCGGUAGUAGUGAGCGUCGCUACGGCCUCGCGAACAUAGACGCGGAACCCUUCACCAAUUGGCGUACAACCGUAGUCAACAACAAUUUUGGGACCCGGUUCCGCAAGGCUCCUGUCCUGGAAGCUACCAUUGAGUUAGCAAAACAACGCCUCGCGUACAAACUCGAUCGCUACGACCGCGCGGAGCAACGCUUGCGACGGGGCCGCGUCGAGGACCUGGGACCGUCUGCGAUGUACUUCGUCGGUUCCCGCGCGAUGAAUGAUACCGUUGUGGAAUCAAGGAUGCCCGCGCGCGGUACUACGAUCGUCGGUCGCUACGCGUUCACUCACCUGGAAGGCAACGUUAUUCGAUUCGCUCCACUCUACCAGCAGUACAACGGUGGUUCUACAAUGAGCAGUCACUGGAUGAAGCGCAGGAACGCCUCAAUCUUCGAGCCGCCCCACCGAAAGCGCCGGGGCCGGGUCUCGCAGAACUACCGGGACGAGCUGCAAAGAAGGCGGGCGAAGAAGGCCCGGCGGGCGGCGGGCGGCGAGCGGGGACGUAGCUAGUAGAACAUUGUAAUGUACACAUAUGUUACAAGGCGAUCUUCACGCGCGGAUCUUGCCGCAGCACGGCGUAGCACUGAUACAGCUCGUCCGCCGACGCGACGGGCGCCUUGAUGGUUACUGAGGUAUACGUCUUCUGCUUCGAGUCGUUCUUGCUGAAUGCAAUAUCAUCAACUGGCUUGUCGACGACGCCGGCGAUGUAGCGGCACAUAUCUGCAGCAAAAGUGUCGUCGUCGAAGCCAAUCACUUUGAUCGUAAAUUCGCAGGGGUAGUCCACGAGUUUUUCAAAUACUUUUGCGCCUGCGCGCGACGCGGGUGAUCGGGACUGCGGCUCGCGCGAGCUGGCUCGGAGCGACGACGCCUCGGCGGCGACCCGACGGCGUCGACGCGACGCGUACGCAAGAAAAGGACGCCGCUUCCCACCGUCGUUCUCCCGCUCGAAGCGCGCGAUCGGAUCAUCUUGACUGUUGUCGAGGAUGUGGCGGACGGGUGCCCGUCUUUGCUGCUGUGGUGCCAGGCGCGGCAGCAGCGCCGAGGCUGUUGACAGUAGCGCGACGAAGGCGUAGUGGUGCGGCAUGAGUGCGGCUACGUGCGGCGAUGCUUCUUGUUCGCGCCGCGGCGAUGGCUUCGCGGCGAAGCGAGUUCUUGCGGCACCUACGAGUUCGACGGCAGCUAGGCUAGUUCCGUGCGGCUCGUCGGCGCAGCAGUGCACGCGCGUCGAUAUAUGCUAUGCGUGAGUGUCGUAACAGCUUGUCGGCUCUAUGAAAUGCCACUGCACAGCGACUGCACCAGCUGCAACGCGGCACGCAAAAAUAACUAGCGGCAUGUAAGACACUAGCACGAUUCUUCGCGCUUGGUUUUAAAUAAAUUGCACAGCUGGUACGGCCCGCCAGACACUCAAAAGCCUGCGGCAGGCAGCUCUUGCAGUCCUGCGACCACACACCAACGCACACUUCCCAAGUCGCCGCCGUUGGCGGGCAAACAUUGCGCCAAGUCACAGCGGCCGCCACGCAGCGCGAGCGGCGCGUAAAGCAGCCAUGGCCGGCUACGACGCCGUCCCCACGACCCAAGAACCAAAAGCACCGAAGCAGUCGACCCUACUAGCAUGUAUCUACGGCUUGGUAGCGUCGCUCAUGUGCGCGCCGGUGAUGAUGUCCUUCGCGUCGAUCAUCUUCGCGGACCCGUUCUUUUCCGAAUACUCUCCAGAGUUAGUAAAAUUGGUCCUCUUCUCGUCGGCCGUCCAUCAACUGUGCUACGUGAGGUGGAGCACGAUGCCGUUCGCCGUCGGGCAGGUCCAGGACGCCGGCCUCAUAUUUCUUUCAAGUAUGGCGCGGUUUGUCGUUGCUGAUGGGUUGCAGCACGAUGACCAUGCGGCGACGACGAUGGCGGCGGCGCUGUGGACCCUUGGACUAGCGACGGCGUUACUUGGUGUCAUGCUCAUUGUCAUCGGAAGACUAAGGCUGGCUUCGUUAGCCCAGUACCUGCCGGUGCCCGUCGUCGGAGGGUAUCUAGCAUAUAUAGGCUUCUACUGCGGCCAGGCCGGGUUGGCUAUGAUGAGUGGCGUCGAAGUCACUUCUCUCAAGGACUGGCCGAGGCUCUUCCGCGGGAGCGGCCCGGCGAAGAUGUGCGUCGGCGUCGUCGUGGCUUCUGCUAUUGUAUUGACGUCAUCAAUAGCCGAGAAGAGAAAGUGGUCCCGCGCGUCCAAAUCACUGAUCAUGCCUUUUGUUCUAUUAGCUACUUGCGUGAUAUUCUACGUCCUCCUAUAUGCGGAAGGGUCGACGCUCGCCGAAUCGCGUGAACAUGGCUGGGUCGGCGCCCUGCCCGCUCGGAGUGAGAAAGGAGGCAGUGGAUGGAGGAACGUUCCCAUCCUAAAGCCGUGGGCGCUCUACGCUCCUAGAAACACAAAUGAGGUCCUGCGAGCCGUCGGACGCGUCGCUCCUCGAUUAAUACCGUCGUGGCUCGCCAUGGUCUGCGUCGUGGCCUUUUCUUCCUCGUUGGACGUCGCCGCGGUGGAGAUGGAGCUCGGCUCGCCGCUGAACUACGAUUCGGAACUGCAGACGGCUGCGUGGAAAUCAAAGUUUUACGGCGCGUUCGCGACGCCUGCUCGAUGGCGUGGCGAUGCCGGUUCCUCGCCGCUCGACGGAGCCAGCACGGGUGCACCCGACUCACUGGUUGAUUUCCACACAGGCAGACGGUUGGCCUCGGGAACCUGGCUUCUGGCUUGUUAGGAGGCUUCUCUGGUAGCUAUAUAUUCUCGCAAACAAUAUUAAAUGUGAGGUCCAAGGUAGCAAACCGCUGGAGCGGUGCCGUGGUGUGUCUCAUGGAAGUGUUACUCGUAUUAUUUCCGGCGCCUCCCACUGCAUAUAUACCUACGGGUGCGUUCGGUGGGCUACUGUUACUGGUCGGUGCUUCAUUAAUAAUAGAGUGGUUGAUAGAAGCGAGGCAUCGGUUCUCGGCACCGGAGUACCUGGUAUUACUUUUUACGUUCGCCUCCAUACACGUCAUCGGCCUCGAGGCGGGCUUUGCCGCCGGUUUAGCUUUCAGUGCGUUGGCCUUUGCGUGCCAAUAUGCUCGGGUCCAUGAUGAAGUGGGAGGCGUCGCUUGCAGGCGGUCGAAGAAGGCCCGCUCCGUGAGACGGAGAUCUUUUGAGGAACGACGAGCGUUGCACGACCACCGCGAAUCGAUAGUGGCGUUAGAUGUGGUCGGCUUCGUCUUCUUCGGGGCCGCGGCGCAACUGCUCGCAAAGCUGAAAGACGAAGCGAAGGGAGCCGCUUGGGUGGUAUUAAAUUUCGAGGAGUGCGUGGGCUUGGACGCGACGGCGGCGCGGUCGUGCUUCGCGCCCUUCAAGCAGUACCUCGUCCAAGAGAAGUGUUCCUUGUUGGUUGCUGGUCUGCGGCCGCACGUGUCCGAACAGCUCCAAUGGGAUUCGUUUGUAACCACAGAUCAAGCAUUGGAAAGUGCCGAGGAUUCACUACUAGCAAGAUUUAAAGUGGUGAAGGGCUCGUUCUCCGAGUUGUCACAGGAAGACGGCUUUGAUGCUAUCCUAAGACCCUACGUCGACGGCAUGCAGGUCGACGCCAAAGCUCUAACAAAAUAUGUGGAAGCUACGUCCAUCAAAGCGGGCGAGCACUUGUUUAGACAAGGAGACGCCGCGGACCGCGUCUACUUCGUGCGGGCCGGAACUGUGGAUCUCCGGUUGGAUCAAAGACGCAUCGCGCGCGUCGCGCGCGGCGCGGUUUUAGGCGAAUUGUGCUUCCUGCUGAAGAGGAGGCAAUCGUUGGACGCGACGGCCCACACGCACUGCGCGCUGUGGUGCCUGUCGCGCGAUCGUUUAUCAGCGAUGAAGCGGGAACGGCCCGACCUGUUCAACGUGCUCCAGACGGCACUCCUAAAAUCCAUGGCGCUGCAGGUCGAGGAGAGCCUCGGGAGCGGUAUUUGGUCCGCGUCUAGCUAGUUGUUGUACAUAUAAGUAUCUGUUCAUAGUAGUACUAAAUAUUACCGUCGUCCGUCGAGGUUCUAGAUGUGCGUGAACUCCCGCGGCGAUGGCGUCACAUUGGCGUGCCACACAGCGCAUACGCCAUCGACGCGACGCGUCGUGAAUGGGGGCGAGAGUAGUCGCAACAUUCUUACGCGCGCCCGCGCGCGGCGCGCGCCCGCCGCCGUAGUAGUUGUAGUGAGACUAAAUACGAACAGGACGGUCUUACGCGACCCCUACUUCUUCUUCUUCCCCUUCUUGCCCUUGCCCCCCUUGCCCGCGUCCAACCUCCCCAACGUGUUGAACAAUUGGUCGGGCAGCGAGUGGUCCACCUGCAGCAUUUGUAUCUUGCCCGGCGGGCCUUUUGAACCUUCCAAUUCCCCUCCAUUAAAGGCCGCGAGCAUGGUGUUCGCGCCCUUCUCGCCGAUGCGGUUGUGGAGCAGGUCGACUUGUGAUAGUAAACUCGUCUCGCGCUGCAUCACGCCCGCGAGCUGCUCCAAAGCUUCGAGGUCCUCGUCGGUGGCGGCGAUGGCGUUGUCCGCGAGCGACAGAUAUUCGAGUUUGUUAUUAUUGUCCAUUCCCGAGAGGAUGCCCGACCUGCGUGGAAAUCAAAUUUUCACGGCGCGGGAUCGUCGCGUCGACCUCCACGCCAUCUUCAUGAUAUCUGCUCGAUGGCGUGGCGAUGCCGGUUCCGCACUCACCGCUCGAUCGAGCCAGGACGGCCGCGUAUCGCCGAGAAAUGACUUAGUGCACCCGACGCACCGGUUGAUUUCCACACCGUUCCCGACAGCCCGCCGCCCCGCAUCUUGUUGCCCUGCAAGUGGAGCUUCUGCAGCGUCGUCUUGGCGUAAGAUAGCACCUCGCCCAGCGGCGCCCCCGCGUCCUCGUCCAAACCACAAUAACAAAGGUGCAGUUGUUUUAAGGACGCGUUCGUCCGCAACCCUUGACAGAGCGCCUUACAACCAUCACUACCCAGCGACGAGUUGUAGUCCAGUUUUAACGUAAGCAGCGACCGGUUCUGGCCGCACAUCAAGGACUGGCCCAACGCAUGCGCUCCUCGGUACCCCACACCACAAUCCAGCAUUUCAAGGUAGGCCAUGGGCAGCUCCGCGCCGCCCAGCCUGAGUAUUUCAGCUAAGCAAGCGGCCCCGUCGUCGCCGCAGUCCAUGCGCCAAAAUCUAAAGUUCUUGGCCAUCUUGAACACGGCCCCGGACAUGCCCGGCGCGUUGCCCAUCAACGCCGUGCAGAGCGCCCUCGUCCCGUGGGGGCCCAGGACCGGUUCGCCAUCUAUUACAAGUUGUUCAUUUUUCAUCAUGAUUUCUAAUUGCUCCUCAUCUCCGCCUAGUUGUGCCAAUACUUUGGGAUGCGGCGUUAAUGCGGCGAGCUUGCAGUACUUCUUGUAAUUAUCAACAACAGCUUCCGGGUUCAUGGACGGGUCGUCGGGGUCGAUGGCCGAGCCGCCCUUCUUUUUGGGCGGCAUGGUGAGCUAGCUACCAGUGUUGCUUGCUUGCUUGGUGCUUGCCUGGGGCAGCCUCGCGGUCGGCUGCUCGCGGGCGCCGACGGAUGGUUGGCUCACUGUUCUGGGCGCUCGUACGCGAUCCUGCGCUCGGGCAGCGGUGCGCUUUCGUGCGCGCUUUUACAGGCGUUGUCUCGGCUGCCCCCGACCGACAAGCAGGCGCGGCACUAGGGGCCCACCACCGCUACUGCUCCCCGGGGAGCCCCUCGGCGCCGGACCGGCUCGCGCGGAGGAGUGCCAAUCCGGGCUUUCGACUCGGGGGAGAGCCUGCAGCGGCGCUGGCCUCUCCCUGGCAAAACGCGUGGGCAGCCACCAAGGGUGCACGACCGACGAGCGCAGGUAUCGUGCUCUCGAUAAGCCGCACGCGCGGCAUCGAUUUGACACCCUCGACGCCGUCGCGCCCAGCCACAACUCCUUGCGGGCAGCCUCACAGACAGCAUGGGCAACCGCCGCCGACCGCAGGGGGACACGCGCCGCCGCGCGCACGGCUGCACGCACCGCACGCACGGCGUCGACUUCGAAACCCGCGACGCCGUGUCGAUGCGCCGUCGGGGCCAGCCCAACGACGCCGGCGUCGCGUGGGUCGUAGCCACACCAGGACCCAAGCGCUUCUCCACGUCGCGCGGUCCUAAGCAAAGCCCGAUCCGCCAGCAGCACCAACAGUUGAAAGUUCCGAUGCCUUCUGACGUCCGAGCACUGAUCGAGCGGAAACACACGACCAUAACAGCGGUCCGGGGCGACCCGCGGCGGAUCGGCCGCGUGCUCGGCACGCCGGUGCCGACGGAGCGCCCCGCGACGGCGCCGGCGGGCCGGCGCCCCUACGAGGCACCAAGGUCGAGGCCGCAGUCGGCGCGGCCCUGGACGACGCGAGGCGGCCGCGCGCUCAUCGACGGCAAGCACACGACUGUGACUGCCGUGCGAUACCAACCUCGGUACAAACCGCCCCCCAUCUACUGUAGAGGAAGGGAAGUUACUAGAGACGAUGCUACGUAUCAUACGGCCAAGGAAAGGUUGAACCGCAGCUACUCGCGGCCGCAGACGGCGCCCGUGCGGCGGCGUAAUGGUGGCGUCGAUCACGUGAGAACGCACGCCCAGUCGCCCCUCUUCGACAUUCCUAAUACGAAACGGCCGCGCCCGCGUCAAAAGUUGACGAAGGAGGAGCGGCGUUUUAUGCUGGCGAACGGCUGGCCCGCGGCCGGCCCGAAGGACGCCGCGGUGACGCACUGGGGCGGCGACCACGCGAGUCGUGUCUUACCGUUUGCCGCGGGCUGCGGCUUCGAGGCGUACCCCGACGACGACGCGUCGUGGGAGUCGGAAACGGUCUUGGAGCGGCGCAGCCGCCUCAACGCCGCGCGCCAGACGCGCCUGAGCGACUUAUGCGCUGCUAUCACGCCGGAUAAGGACGACUCCCUCGAAGCAAGGCAAAGGCGCCUGUUCCAGAUCGACGUAAAAUCGCGUCCGAGGAGCGCGCCCCCCAAGAAGGACUACACGAUCUACGGCCCCGCGCUGCUCGACGUCUCUGACCGCCGAACCGGUGGCUCCUCGCCACAAGCCCCGACCCUUCCCCAGGAACACACAUUGGAAUAUCCUCUGCGAGUGGAUCUGCCUCCUCCAGACGAUAGAAUUUCGGUUAUUAUUUAAUAUUACUCUCUAGCCCGAGGACGACGAGUCGUCGCGGUCGCAGACCGGCCGCAGCAUCGCGAAGAACAGUUUGGCCGGCUGCGUCGUGCUGCGGUUCAUCAACCUAUAGGUAUUGUUCGGCGGCACGUAGAACUGGUCGCCUGGACUGAAUUGGAAGCGCAAAGCUUCUGACUCGUGCGGGUCGGUCACCAUGGCAUCUUCUGAAGGAAAUAGUGUCAAUUCAACAGCUAAGUUUUGGGACGUCGACACGAAGAAGAGCAUCGUGAGACUACCCGUGCUUUCCGACCCUUUCACACCUCCCAUGGGCAGCUCCAUCACGCCGGACGCCCAGCCGGGGUAGACGUCGUCUCUGGCAGCAUCCUCGGCGGUAGCGAUGGCCUGGCAGGCCAUGACGGCUGGCUCGUCGCCUUCCGUCGGGAGGGCCGAGAAGCGGUGUUCACUAAACCUUGCCGCGAACUUCGUGGUCUGCGCGUGUUGCGAGCCCUCGUUCCACAACCGGGCUUCCGUGCCCUGCGCGUCCGACUCGUAGUCCGACGGUUGCAACGGGGUGUCGUCGACGAUGAUUCCACCUAUUUUCUUCGUGAGGUGUCUCGGUCUCUUUUUCGGUCUUGGGGUAGGUGCCCCCAAUUGUACUGCCGCUACUUUCUGGAGCCCCGUCUGGGAAUCGGGCUCGUAAAUCACGCGCUCGCCCUUCCACCACUUCAUGACUGGGAACCUGGCGCGUCGUGAGCGUCGGAGACCCUCCGCCGACGGAUCCGGCUGCGGCGGCUCGUACGGCCGCCUACGACUGUCCGGCGUCCUCGCCUGCCUCGCGAUCACUUCCUCGCCGUCGGAAUCAUUCAUAGGAGACUGGGGGAGGUCGUCGUCGUCGUCGUCGCCGAACGCAGGUGGUGAGUCGAGGGCUUCGAGAGCAUCCACACUUCCAGCGAAGGACACGGACGACCGCCUCCGCUCCGGUUCUUGCCUCGCGACAUCUUGCCCGUCGUUGUCCCAGGCCGGCUGCGCGGCCGCGGCCCAGAACGCGUCUAUCGAGUCGUAGGCGCCGUCCUGCGCGAGGUCCUCCGUGUCGACUACCACUCCGGUGCGGCGGCCGACGAGCUUGACCAUUGUUGUAUGCUUCGUUCACCGUCUUGGAUCCGCGCGCGCUCGUCAAGGCUAUUUAAACAGCUUGGCGCACCGCUCGAUGUUUGAACCACUGGACGCGCGGCGGCUGGCAGCACUGCGCGACGUUGGUCGUAUGUGAUGCGUGCGAAGUUCUAACAGUUUAUUUGAUUGAUUUAUGCAGCAGCGCGGCUGUAACCCACUGGCGCGCCUUGAGCUUGUUUGGUUCAUAGCGUAGUAAACAUACUAGGAUUUCCACAGGAGCCCUAUCGCGCUCUUUCAGUCGCUGUGCUAGUAGGACACUCGCAGGAACACGCUUGUAGAAGGCCAGAGCUGUUGCAAGCCGCCGGAGCUUUGCCCGCUCACUUUGACACACGCGCGCGGGUUUUGUCCGCCGGACUCUGGACGCGCUCCACGCCUCCGACGCGAGCGUAAGCCCUCAAGCUAGGGCCCGGGUAAAGCCGGGUAAUUAUUUCUCGCCCGAUUUUGAGGCAUACUCCAUGAGUCCUAAUUAAGCUAAAUUACCCUGCGAAUCCUAAUACUGCGUGGAGACUUCGAAUUUUAUAGGGGGGAGCGCAAUUAGUCGACGUUGAUUUUGAUUUUGGCGCAAUGCGCGUUUAGCCACGCGCCGGCCGAAUGGCGGGAAAUUUUUGCUGAGGCGCAGGUUCCGUAUGCUAAAAUAAUGGGCUGUGCGCAAUCUGGUACCAUGCGGGCAGCCUCGCGCAGAGCAAGCAGCUGCGACGCGGUGCGACCAUUGCGAUAAAACCCGAACCCCAAGCCAAAAAUCGCCCCUGAGACGUAUAAAUUGAACCACAAUUACGGAAAAAUUAUUUCCUAACGUUCCAUAGGUAUAUAGGGCUCUAAGGGAAUUUCCGGCUUUUGGCUAGGCCGACCCUCAAGCUACAAAUACAACCUUAGCCCCCGAGCCCCGGCCGCUCGGCGACGUUUGAGAGAGACAACCGCAUGCGCUCCAAGUUCAUUUCAUGCGCAGAAGGACCGAGCCACUCCAUGGGCCUGUUCGCGCCCUUGAUGCGGGCCACCUCCCGCUCAUAGGCCUUUGUCUCCCGCUCCGACCGAUUGAUCGAAUCUGGAGCAUGCUUCCAACCGAGACACGUGACGCGUCUGACAUCAAUACCGUUCCGCGCGAGCACCUCCCUUAACAUGAAUCGAUGUUUUUGCGAGACGCCGCCGGCUUGCCGUAUCUUCUCGAAGACGGGUUCUGGAGGGUUCGAAACCCGAAAAACUUCGUGCGAGCCAUCGGCAUGUUCACAUAAUAACCGCCAAUCCCCGUCAUGGGGGACGGUCUCCUCCACAGGCUUACGGGGUCGCUUCGGCGAGGUGCGAUUCGCGUGCACGGGGGCCUUUCUGGGUCUAUGACCUUGUAAACCGUUGUUGACCACAUGAGACAAAGGGUGCUUGCCCGCGAGAUCAAAAUCGAAGGAUUCCGCGCCUCUGGACGUGCGGAAGACGCUCCCUACACCGCCGCUCCCUACAAAGCCGCCCCCUCGAAUGCCUCGGCUUAAUGGCCCUUGCGAAUCUUGCCGGCUGCCCAUCUUCGUGGACGACGCUGCCGGUGGUCGUUUCUUGCGCGCUCUCACGAGACCGGCGCUAGUCCCUAGUCCUAGAGCACCUUGGCAAGCUCGGCGCUGUAGAUUGGCUAGUGUGUCGAAACACUAGCAAAUCUCGCCUUUACGCGAUGUACUUAGUAGCGACUACUAUGGACACAUGCUUAUGGACAGACUUGGACUCGGAGAAAACGGGAGGGAAGGCGCGGCGCGUAUGGACAGGGAAGACGCGCGGACGUCGUCGUCGAGGGACCGAGGCGGGGGGGGAGAUCGAGAACUUGUCGGGGAACUUUUGGCACCCAGGGGGCUUCCGGACAUCAGUAGGUGUAGUCGUUGCCGUCGUACAUCGUCGUGCCGUAUUCGUCGUCAGGAGAGGGCCCCCCACAGGAACAUAUUUCGCAGCAUAUGGCGCCGCAGCUCUUCCACUCGUCGCGCUCGCUGUAUUCGCGAAAGCCCUUGCGAGCGAAAUCGAGUCUGCGCCGCGGAUAGGCCGCGCUGCGCCGCGGAUAGGCCGCGCUGCUGGGCUGCGCGAGGGCGCGCAAGGGCCCGGCGUGCUCGUCACAGGGGACCCCGUUGACAAACAGGAGCGCGUCGCCCUCCGCGACGACGCCGCGCAGCGCCGACGUCGGGUCGACUCGCCCCACGACGAAGCCCGGCUCGUAGCCUUUGACAGCAUGCGGGAGGCGCCGCGCGUCGUUCUCGAAGGCGAGCCCGAGCUUCCCGGGCGGCGCGUAAACCGCGUAGUAGUCCUCGGGGCGGCGGCCCGACGCGCGGUAGAAGACGAGCGUCCGAUCCGUCGCCCCGUCGUCCUGGGCCGCGAGGACGCCGAGCACGUCGUCGCCGACGACGCAGUCGUUGACCGAGACCAGCUCGUCGCCUGGGUAGACGGUGUAAGCAAGGGCCGACGUAUAGGGGGGGAGAAAGCGGAAAACGACGCGCGUCGAGUCCUUGAACUCCAGGCCGAGCGGGCCCGGCGGCGCGCGGCAGUAAAAGUGGUCGCAAUGGAGCUGCCGCGGCGCCUCUUCCGCUGGUUCUGGCGGCGCCGGGGCCUCCGUUUUCCCGUCCCGCUCCAUUUCCGGCUCCGGCUCCGGCGCCCGCCAGGAGGCCAGCCGCGACAGCAUGGACGGGCGCUCCUCCGCCGGCUCCGGCGCCGCCUCGCUCUCCGGCGCCGCCUCGCUCUCCCACGCCUCCUCAGCCGCGAUGCGGCUCACGCCCGGGCUCUCCAUGCGAGGAGCUUAAUACAGGGCAGCCUUCCUUUGGUCCGCUGCCGAUGCAAAUGCAACCCGCAGCCCACAGUUCACGGGUGAACGGUGCGCAGAAGCAGGCAAUGGCUGCCACUGGGUGAAGGCUGCCCUCCUCGCGCUGGCCCGACUCGGGAGACCGGCAGCAUGAUGCGCAUGGGGCCUGCCGGGUUGCCACGCGCCGACACGCCGAAAGCUCUCGCGGGAGCUCUCCGAUCGCCUUUACGCCAUCGACGCGACGCGCAGACGCGACGUAGACUUUCCAAAACUUACACACAGAAGCCGCGUCAGCCCGCGGCCAGCGCGUCCAGAAAGACACCCACAUGAUGAAAGACCGUGUCGUGCGGGAUGUCGUUGUGCCCAUACCCAGGAAUCCACGCCGGGUCCACGGGACGUUGAGCCAACUUCUGCAAAGCUCGCCCGCACCGUAAAGGCACCACAUCAUCGUCGGUGCCGUGCAUGAUGAAGACGCGAGAAGACACUUUUGCCAUUUUCUCGUGGUUCACGAAGAUGUCGAUGGGCCGCAACGCGAGCGAGGACCCGUAGCCCAGCGCGCACCUUAUUGCUGAAUCGAUGGGUGAUUGUAGUAUCAACCCUUUCGCUUCCACGCGCGACGCCAGAUCGACGGAAGGGCCGGUGCCAAUACUUCGACCGUAGAUGACAAUUGUUGUAGGAUCGACACCAUGAGCAAUGAGGUAGGCCCAGGCCGCGUCGAUGGCCCGGUAGCACCCGCGUUCCGACGGCACGCAGUCCUUAAAACGCGAGGGGCCGUAGCCGACGUACUCGUAACUGAAGACGUCGGCGCCCGUCCUAUGAGCCAGGGCCGUCACGAACGGUAAAUGUAAAGCGAUGUCUUCCGCGUUGCCAUGACUAAAUAACAGGGUCACGUUCCGCCGUCGUCGUAACGGUGCUUGGAUGUGGAUGGCCGGGAUGCGCUCGCCUUUUUUCGUUUCGAGCCACACCAAGUCUCGUCUCUUCAAUAAGUCGUGGUAGAAGGACUGGGGGAGCUUCGGGACCGGGAACGCCAGUGAGGAUACUAAGCCGCCCAUUGUUGUGCUCACGCGUCGGCGGCGUGCAGCGUCCCUGAGGGCUGCAGCCUUGUAUUUGCUCGCUUUUGCUCGCUUUUCUGAGCAGCGAACGGCUGUGAGCAAGACAGCGCUAUCGAUAUAGUAUUUUUCAGAUGUUACUCUUGCAAAACUUCGAGCGGUAUGCGCGUUUGACGGGCAAGAGCUGCGUUUUUUGCAGCUUGCUAGUGUGUCUUACAGGCCGCUAGCUCCGAGGAAUCCGCGCCUUGCUGUGACGCGUACAGAGACCUCCAAAGGCGCCCGAGCAGGCAUCGGGCCUGGUUUUAGAGCGGCUUUGUCGGUCCACUUGAUGCCAUGCUCUUGCUUUUUUGCGACGACGUCUGCGUUAACGCAUUAGCGAUUCUGCCGCAGCAGCACUGCCGGUAAGGUCCGCAAGGGCUGUGCUCGCCACCCGCCGGCAUUACACUGCACGAAACGACGAUUAUCGGGCGCAUCACAUAGAUAUAGCAUGGUGCUCAAGCAAGAGCGACGAGUAAACGCCGCGAGCGUAGCCAAACGCCAGUCGAUCAGCGCGGCAGCAGCCCAGAAGAAGCUUGAAAUCGAGGAGGCGGCAAGGGAAGCCCAGCUGCAAAAGGCGUGGGCCGUCGGCGCCGACGAGAGGAGUAGACGACGACAAGACGAGGAGAACCAGCGCGAGACGCGGCGAGCUGAAAAGCAACAGGCCAAGGACGAGGCCCUGCGCAAUGACGAGAUCGAGGGCCCGUCGCUCGUCAAGCCGCGACGAGCACAUUCUUCUGAUGAUCUGCUGGGACUCGCGUUAAUGCAGCAAACCGCAGAGAAACGCCUCAAGGCCCGACGGAAGAAGCCCAACUCUCCACCUAGGACGCCGUCCAUGUCCUCGCUGCAGGAAGACAUGCUCGACGUCCAGCGAAACACGAAUCGCGACGUCGACACGGACGCUUUACGACGGGAGGCCGCUGAUGAGAGGAUGCUCUCGUCCGUGCGACGGACGCAGUCCUGCGGCACGCUCGGUGGGUUAGUGGUGCCGCCGUCGCCGCCUCGAUCAAACGGCAAAAAGUUCAGUCGGAAAGGCGUGCGGAAGGUUCCCUCCAAGAGCUCGCUGCGCUUCGUUUCCGAGGAGCUGUGCUGCGCCUAAGGUAUGUGUCCUUUAUUUACGUAGCGGCGACGGCGUCGGGGGGAUGCGGCGGCCGCCGCGGGCGCGUCCCGCGCCACCACAAGGCGCGCGGGCUUUCGUAUUCGUCUAAUGAACCCAGAGACGUCCGGUGACGGCUACAAGAGCCCUCAGAAGCGUCGCGCGGAACGCGCUUUGGCCACAGACGUGAAAGGCAAACAAAGCGAUUGAGCACGCUGCGCGCCUGGGAACAGCCCUAUACGUGAGUUUCACAGCGGUUCCAGCGCUUGGGUAGCAUCACGCGUGGCCUGGCAACCUGCUGCACGCGAGCAAGCCGCGUUGCUUGGCACACUCAAGCCACAAAGUGCCACAGUCCUCUGCUAGGCAGCAGAGGCGCGUCGAGGCGCGUCGACGCCAUAAACCAUGGCCGCGGUCCGCUGCACCAUAGCGGCGGCCCUCAUCGGCCAGGCCUGGGGCCUCGUCCCACCUCAACCGACGCAAGCGAGGCAUACGACGCUCCACGCGAAGCGACCAGACUACAUUCCCGGCGUCAUCUCCGAUCCAGGUUAUGUGAGAAUAUUCGACACGACGCUCCGAGACGGCGAACAAAGCCCGGGCGCCACGCUCACGUCGAACGAAAAGCUCGACAUCGCAAGGAUGUUGGCCAAACUGGGAGUCGAUAUUAUCGAGGCAGGCUUCCCCAUCGCCUCUCCCGAUGAUUUUGACGCCGUCAACCAGAUCGCGCGCGUCGUCGGGAAUGAAGUGGAUGAGGACGGCUACGUCCCUGUUAUUUGUGGCUUGUCCCGUGCCAAUCCCAAGGACAUCGAGCGCGCGUGGGAAGCAGUCAAGCCAGCGGUAAGACCGCGCGUCCACACGUUCAUCGCCACAUCACCAAUACACAUGGAGACGAAGCUCAAGAAGACGCCGGACGAGGUUUUACAAAUUGCCGUCGAUGCCGUAAAAUUUGCCAAGUCGCUCGGCUGCGACGACAUCGAAUUCUCGCCGGAAGAUGCGGGUCGCAGCGACCCCGAGUUCCUGAUCAAGGUGUUGAGUGCCGUGGUCGACGCGGGGGCUACUACGCUGAACAUCCCCGAUACGACGGGAUGGAAUGUACCCUGGGAGUUCGGACCCCUGAUCCAGCAGCUCCGGGAGGGCCUCGGCGAGAAGGCUGAUAGGGUUGUAUUUAGUACGCACUGCCAGAACGAUCUAGGGUUAUCUACCGCUAACAGUAUCGCGGGUGCGGCCCAUGGCGCGAGGCAGAUCGAAUGCACGAUCAACGGCAUCGGCGAGCGGGCGGGCAACGCGGCAUUGGAGGAGGUAGUCAUGGCUCUGGCCUUGAAAGGACCGACGCACUUCGGGGCGAAGGGGCCUUGUGGUGAAGGUCCUGAUCUGAGGACGGGCAUCGACCCCGUCCACAUCACGCCGACCUCGAACAUGGUAAAAGAGUACACGGGCAUGGCCGUCCAGCCCCACAAGGCUAUUGUGGGGGCCAACGCCUUCCAGCACGAGUCGGGCAUCCACCAGGACGGCAUGAUCAAGAACAAGCAGACGUACGAGAUCAUGACGCCCGAGUCCAUCGGUUUGAUGCGCGGCGACCAGCAGUCCGGCGCGGGCAUCGUUUUAGGUAAACACUCCGGAAGGAACGCCGUCUCGACGAGAUUGAAUGAGUUAGGAUAUGAGUUAGAUGAUGACAAACUACAAGCGAUUUUUAUUCGCUUCAAGGAGGUCGCCGAACGGAAAAAGGGCGGGUUGGACGACGACGACCUCGAGGCUCUUGUCGCUGAUGAGGUUUAUAGUGCCCAGGCCAUGUGGCGGUUGGAGCGAGUGCAGGUGACCACGGGUUCUGGUGUCGUGCCCACCGCGACCGUCGCGCUCACAGGACCGGACGGCGUGGAACGCCAGGGCGUCGCCAUGGGCACGGGGCCCGUCGACGCGGCCUACAAGGCCAUCGACGCGUUGACUUCUGUGAAAGUUCAUCUCGAGACGUACAGCAUGGAGUCUGUUAACGCGGGCAUAGAAGCGAUGGCGACGACGAAGGUCGUGGUCAAUCCCGUCGACUCGGCGACGUCGCUGCACUCGUCCGGGUAUACGACUUCCCGGAAGUUUUCUGGUUCCGGUUCGGAUACCGACGUCGUGGUCUCGUCGGCCCGCGCGUACGUGGCAGCGGUGAACAAGCUCAUCCGCUGGAACAUGCGGCGGGCGGCGGCGGAGCAGGUCGAGGCGCAGGAGGCGUGAGUCGCGUAAGGUGGGGUUUCUACGUUCCUGCGUUGAUGGCGUGAGAGGUGCUAGGACUCGUAGGUGGCGCCCCUGCGGGGGAGACACUGCGCGUCGGUUGAGGGGGGGGGGAGAGAGAGAGAGUCGAUUAUUGAGCUAGCCCCCUAGCACGGUCAUGAGUGACCCGCGCGCUAGGCCUCAUUCCAGGGCGCUAGGAAAUCCUCGUGAGCUAGCGCUGUAAGACACUAGCACAAGCUCAUUUUUUUGGUCGUCCAAAAAGCGGUGGACGCGUGGCCCCGCUGUAGGGUUUCGUGCAAGGAGGCUAGCGAAAACUUGCUUGAGACGUUCUAUCGCUGCGGUAAAGUGGCGCGAGCGCUUCGCUGAGCUUGGCCUGAGCCCAAGCAAGAGAGGCCGACGACCCAGGCAUCUCGCCGCCAGCGGCAGCGAGCAGCCAUGUCUGGCUACCCGCCGCCGCCGCCAGGCGCCUACGGCCAGCCGCAAGCGCCGCGCCCUGCCUAUGGUCAGCCGCAGGCGCCCAGGCCUGCGUACGGUGCGCCGCCCGGUCAGGCGCCCGGAGGCUACGCCCAGCCCGGCGCACCAGCGGCGCCGCGAGGCUAUGCGCAGCCGGGUGCGCCGGCGGCGCCGCGCCAGCAGUUCGGCGCCGCUCCCGCCGCGCCGCGACAACAAUUUGGGGCGCCGGCGCCGCGAUCAUACGCGCCCCCUGCGGCGAGACCGCCGGCCGCUCCGGGUGGCUACGGCCAGCAGGCGCCGCGCGGCUAUGCUCAACCAGGGGCUCCGGCGGCGCCGCGGUCCUACGCGCCGCCGGCCGCGAGGCCGCCGGCCGCGCCCGCGGCGCCGCGAGGCCUAGCGCCGCCUGCGACGGCGCCCGCGCGAGGCUUCGCGCCGCAGGCGCCGCGCGCGCCGGCCGCGCCGCGGGGCCUGGCGCCGCCGGCCACCGCGCCGGCGCGCGGGCCGCCAAUGGGCGCGCCGCGGCCGCCGAUGGGCGCCGCGCCGGCGAGGGGCCCGCCGAUGGGCGCCGCGCCGCCGAUGAGCGCGCCGCCGGCCAGAGGACCGCAGGCCGCCUUCCACCAGGUGCCGGCGCGCGCGGCCCAGCCGCCCACUGCUCAAUUCGGCCAGAUGCGCGUCGCCGACGGCGCGCCGCCGCCGCCAGGGCCUCCAAGAGGGCCGCCCUCGCGCAGCGGCUCCAUGGUGAGCGCGCCGUCGCAGCAGGCCCCGAAGACGUUUCAAGGCUACGCGCCCGCCGCGGAGGGCGGCUACGUGCCGACGGCCCCCGGCGGCGCCGCCGCGCCGCCCGGGGCCGCGCAGCCCAGUCGUAGUCGCGCCGACAUUUUGGCCUCGCCGCGGGGCUCCAUGUCGCAGCCGGCGCUGCCCGCGGCGCCUAUGAGCAUGCCCGCGCCCCAGGUGGAAAUAGAUGAAUCAUCCCAGUGUGACGGCCGCUACAUGCGCUGCUCCGUGAAGACGCUCCCGUCGACGGCGCAAGUCGCGUCCGCGUCGAAGCUCCCGCUCGGAGUGGUGUGCCAGCCCAUGGCCCUCGAUAGCCAGCAGGACGCGCCUCUGGACGUGGUUAACUUCGGCUCGACCGGUAUUGUGAGGUGCAAGAAGUGCCGCGCCUACGUGAACCCCUUCGUGGCCUGGGUGAAUAACGGGAGGCAGUGGCGCUGCAACGUCUGCGGCUUUAGCAACGACGUUCCGAAUAGCUAUUUCUGCCAGUUGGAUGAGCGAGGUCGACGUAGAGAUCGAGAUCAAAGACCGGAACUGUCCAAGGGUAGUGUCGAGUUGGUGGCUCCGGGCGAGUACAUGGUGCGACCCCCGCAGCCACCCGUGUACGUGUUCGCUGUGGAUGUCUCCGCGCCGUCCGUGGCGUCUGGGCUGGUCAAUGUCGCUGCUAGUACGAUCAAGAAGUGUCUUGACAGUUUACCAGGAGCACCUCGCACUCAGGUUGCCGUCGUCACUUAUGAUAGCAGUGUGCACUUCUACAACCUGAAGGCGUCGCUGAAGCAGCCGUCCAUGUUGACCGUGCCUGAUCUUACUGAUCUAUUUGUACCGUUGCCGGAUGAUUUGCUGGUCAACUUGGCCGAAAGUAGAGAAUCGAUAGAUAUGCUGCUCGAUAGUCUACCGCAGAUGCAUUCUGGUUCACCGUCACCGGCGUCAUGUUUGGGUGCAGCGUUAACCGCGGCGUACCGCGUCAUGGGCCAUGUCGGUGGGAAGUUGUGCGUCUUCCAAUCCCAGUUGCCGAACUGUGGCGAGGCUGCUCUGAAGAACCGAGAGAAUCCUCGAGCCUAUGGCACUGAUGGGGAGAGAAUGCUUUUACUGGCCGAGCAGAGCAAGGGCAAGAGUCCAGAACAAACUACUGCGUCGUGGUACGAGACGAGGGCCAUCGAGUUUUCGCGGCUCCAGAUCGGCGUGGAAUUAUUUGUGGCUCCUCCUACGAAUGCCUACGUCGACCUCGCGACGUUGGCACUCCUCCCGAAGAUCACGGCGGGCCAACUCUAUUACUAUCCGCAGUUCUCGUCCAAGAAAGAUGCUGCUAAACUCGAGGCAGAACUAACGAGAGCUCUGACGCGACCGACGGGCUUCGAGGCGGUGAUGAGGGUCCGAUGUACGCGCGGUCUACGUGUCUCCGCCUUCCGAGGCAACUAUUAUGUCAGGGGCCACGACUUACUGGCGCUGCCGAAUUGUACUCCGGAAAGCGUUUUUGCCCUUGAAAUUGCACAUGAUGCGGAAGCUCCCUUGACCGCUGGGGCCGCGUCGGUGCAGGCGUCUCUACUGUAUACGACUUCCUCCGGGGAGAGGAGGAUUCGCGUGCACACUUUGGUGCUGCCGACGUCUCCCGACGUUGGUGUGGUCGCGGCGUCGGCGGACGUUGAUGUGGUCGCUAAUCUGUUGGCGAAGGCGUCGGUCGAGGCGACCCUGAAAGCCGGCUUGGACGCGGCUCGCUCGCGUUUACAACAGCGGUGCAUCGACGUCGUGGCCGCCUGUAGGCACGGUCGCUCGUCAGCCUCCGUGGGCGGUUAUGGAGCACCAGCAGUGAGAGGGGCUCCCGCGGCACCUCAAACGCCGUCCCAGCCGCCGAAGCUGCCCGAGUCGCUGCAGCUCUUGCCGUUGUACUGCAUGGCGUUGCUGAAAUCCGCAGCAUUUCGGGGCGGCGCCGACGUCCGCGCCGACGAGCGGUCGUACACGCUACAAAGGUUGGACGGCAUGGCCCCCGAGCAGACGCGCUCCUUCGUCUACCCUCGACUCUUCGCGCUGCACAAAUUGCCGCCGUCCCAGACGCCGUUCGCGUUUCCGCCACCUCUCAACUUGUCAGCAGAAAGCAUUUCGAGCGACGGCAUCUAUUUGUUAGAUGACUCCUUGCAGCUCAUGGUCUGGGUCGGCGGCGCCUCUGAUCCAAAAUUAUGCGAUUCGUUGUUCCUCCAGGACCCGAGCGAUGGCCGAGUGAUGAUGAAACCGGACCCGGGUGGUGAUUCACCUUUAUCUAGGGCGUGCAAGGUCAUCGCCGAAUUGCGGAAAACGAGACCCGCUUAUUUAGCCCUGGAGAUCAUCCGCGAGGGCGACCCACAGCGGCAGCCGGUCUUCUUCCGGCACCUCGUCGAGGACCACGCGUCCUUCCCGGGCGGGCAGUACUCGUACCAGGAGUUCAUGGCGCACGUCUCGCGGCACGCAUAGUGGUGGUGUCGCUUCCCCCUUCCCCUUCCCCCUCCCCCAAUGGAUAAUACGUUCAUAG